AGGUGAACGUGCUAUGCGCUUUGAAGAGAACCGUUGUUUCGAAUGUGGACAAACUGGACAUUUAGCUCGCAAUUGCCCUGAACGCAGAUCCGGUGGCGAUCGUGGUGGUGAAAGAAGCUCCCGAAGACGUUCACGCUCCCGUUCUCCUGUAUCUCGCUCUCGUUCCAGAUCUCGCUCUAGAUCUCCUCGCAAAGCUUCGUCUCGCUCCCGUAGCCCUCGCCGCGAAACCCGUAGAUCCUCGCGUGACAAAGAACGUAGCCCUCGCCAAGAGGAUGACAGUGACCGUACAAGUCGAUACAAUGAUAGACAUGGCAGUGGCGACGACAGAUAUUAAUAGCCUCUAAUGUUAUGGAGAAAAAAGAGCAGAAAAAAAAAGAAGCAAAAAAAAAGAAAACCAAAUCACAAUCACAAUCACUAUUCAAAUUC